UAUCGAUGUUUGUUUAUGUUUAUCUUGGUUAUGGAUUAUAAAAAAAAGUGACCCUGAAAUACAUUUAUAAUAAAAAAUGUGGAAAAGAAGAAAAAUAAACAAUUAUCGAUUUGUUGUUUCCUAACUAACGUCAGAAAAAGAUUUCAACUAAAUAAGUUUAUUGAUUUUUGAAGAAUAACCUUUAUUGAUGACCAUCAUGAAAUCAAUAUUUUCUUCCUUGCACGCGUUUUAUGCUCAUUUUGCAUUAUUUCAAAUAAAUAAAAACUUGAAUGUUUAUUAUUCUACACUUUAUAAUAACAAUGGAAUGUAAAAUACGAAUUUACACUAGAUUAUGUUUUAAAGAAUUACAUUUUUAAAAAAGGGGUUUUAUAUAUCAGAAGGAAAAUGACACUGUAUUUUGAUACUCGAGUUCAAAAUCCAGAAAACGCUUCAAUUAACACUUGUGCGACUUGGCAUUCGAAUUUACCAUUUUUGGCAGUUGCUGCUUUUUCACAAGAUAAAGGAGGUUUUGUGACACUUUUCGACGAUCAAGGAGAACCUCUUCAAGAUGUUGAAACACCAGGUCAUUCAGUUGCACAGGUCACUGCACUCGUAUGGCAUCCUGAGAGAAAAUGGCUAGUUAUUGGCUGGGAAAGUGGUGAAAUGCGGGUUUGGGCAGGAGAUACUGGUUCAAGUGAAUUUAAUACAAUUGUGACUCCACAUCGUGAUCCUAUUCUUAUUUUACAAUGGAGUCAAAAUGGAGGAAGACUUGUGUCGGCCGAUGCUGCGGGUUCUGUCGUUGGAUGGAAAAUUGAUUCAAAAAAUCAACUUUUUAUGACUUUUCAUCAUGAGCUAAAGGAUUCUUUUACUCAUAUUGCCUUUAAGAUUUCGCCUCUUAAACCUGCGGUUGAUUUAAGUGGACUAGCAAAAGCAGCUGUGGCAGGCGAUGAAAGAGCAUUGGAUCUCUUUAGCUCGUGGCGUCCAAAAACCGCGGCACCAUCAGCAGUGCCAAUGCAAAGGGACAAUCAUGCUUUCUACAUUGGUACUGCAGGAGCGAUUAUUUAUUUCGUUGAUAUUCAAGGACAAUGUACGGAAGUUCUUAGCAUGGAUGACACGACUCUUCAUUCUUUAUUACAUCAUCAGUCGAGAGAUUCUCUCGUUGUUUUAACUGCAGGAUUAAACAUUGCUCAUUAUCAAGGCGAUCCCAUAACUGGUCAACUCACUGAAUUAACAAAAGUGAAACUAAGUGGAAAAAGUGAUAUUCUACGUUCUGGUCCCUCAAUUUGUUGGGCUGGUGGAAAUACUCUCGCGGUACUCACAGGAGAACUUGGUGUAAGAUGCUGGGAUCUUCAUACAAGCGACACUUACGUUCUGUCACCAUCGGAAUCAAUAAUUGGAAAUGUUGCUUCACCUCAGGAAAUAUGCACAAGUUUAUCAUACUGCAAAAAUAAUGAAACACUCGCAGCUGGUACAAAUUUAGGGACAAUAUUUUUUUGGAAAAAGAAAACAACCUCGAGUGAUUCGAAUGAAAAUAGUUGGCCAACUUGUCCUGAAUCGUGUACAGUUCAUGGAACUGUAAAACAACUUGUUUGGGGUGCUGUAAUGUUACGAAGUCCCCUUCUUGCGGUUAAUUGUAUUACAAAUGUUUUUAUCCUUCAUCAACAGCCAAUGUGUGCAGCCUAUAAUGAUGGAAUAUGUGCAAGUCAACUUAGUCCAAUGCAAAUUCUUCUAAAAAAAGAUGAACAGAAUCAUAUUCUAAAAACUGAGAUUCAAGUGCAAAUUUUGGCAGUGAAUAAGGAUUACGUUGCAGUUUCUUCUGCGAGACAAAUAGCGUUGUAUAAGAUAAAAAGAGAUGGUAAUUUAAAUACAACAUCUGUAUCAAAUUUUGCAUGUGAUACGGAAAAAAUUCUCAUAUACGAAAAUAUUUUGGUAAUAUUAACGCCAAUUGUAAUUCAAUUGAGAUCAAUUGAGGGUACAAUUAUACAAACACUUUCAACACUACCCGAGGAAGGUGAACCAAUAACAAUGGAAUUGACAGGACAAUAUUUGACAGUUGCUUCAUUAAAUGGAAUUUUAAAGAUUUGGGAUUUAGGUAAACGUGAAGCAAAAUUGUACACGCGAGCAAUGACUUGUUAUGAGGCAAUUAGUGAUUUUGCCGAGAUUAUUGAAGCAAAAUGUAAUUCUGAUUGUCGAUAUGUGUCAAUUACUGUUGCAAUGGCUAAUUUAAUGCCAAGUUCAAUUUUAUACGUUUGGGAUAUUGAAAGUGAUCAAUUGCAUGAAUUUGAUUUUGCCAAUAAUGACGAUGAAAGUGAGGAUUAUUCUGCAUUAGUCACAAAGUGUAAAGGAAGAUUAGUGACUGCUCAUUGUUGGGAUACAGAUGAUCCUCGACUUUUGAUUUGUCGUGCACAAAAACCAGAAAGCAGAGAUUUGAAAUCAUCGAGAAUUUUGAAUGAUUCUGAUGAAACAGCGAAUGUUGUUUUGGUGUCAAUGUUCGCGAGUUCCGAUCAUGGUAUUGUCGUUCAGGAUGUAAGAUCGAUGAUGGAUGACAAUUGUCGUUUAUUGGGUGUUCAGUCGCCGUAUAUAAUUAUUCUUAAUUCUGAAUUGUCAUCAAACACCGAGGGUAAAGUUGCACGUCUUGUAAUGAAAGAUUUUGAGGAAUUAGAGGAUUGCGAUUCAAGUACAAAAAAAGCUAUUUUGGAUUUUUGCUUCUUUCUGAGUAUCACCAAUAUGGAUGAGGCAUUUAAGGCAAUAAAGACAAUUAAAAAUGAAACUGUGUGGAAAAGUUUGGCAAAAAUGUGCGUGAAGACAAAACAAUUGGAUAUGGCAAUGUUGUGUUUGGGACAUAUGAAACAAGCAAAAGCUGCUCGAGCAUUACGCGAAGCAAUGCACGAUGAUUCCUUGAUACUUGAGGCAAAAAUUGGAAUCCUUGCCAUUGAACUUGGAUUACAUAAUGAUGCAGAACGUCUUUUUCGAGAAGCGAAGAGAUUGGAUUUAAUUGGAUCAUUACUGGAGGCUCGUAAUAAAUUUAAGGAAUCCCUUGCUUUAGCUUCGAGUGAAAAUAAAAUUCGUGAAAAAACAUGUUAUUAUAAUUAUGCGAAAGCAUUGGAACGACAGGGGAAAAUAACAGAGGCCAUAGAAAAUUAUACGAAAGCUGAUUGCCAUAGAUUCGAAGUGCCUAGAAUGCUUUUACUCAAGCCGAGAGAACUAGCAACUUAUUUGAAUACUUCCGAGGAUCAAGAUAUAAAAAAUUGGCAUGCGCAGUAUACGGAAUCAACAGGCGAUAUGGAAGGUGCUUUACGUUUAUAUGAAGUUGCUCAAGAUACUUUGUCAAUGACGAGAUUAUUAUGUUUUCUUAAUCGAGAAGACGAAGCCUGCGAACUGGUUAUGAGAACAAAUCACGCAGCUUCUGCAUAUCAUUUAGCAGCGCACUAUGAAUCGAAAAAUAAUGUCUCACAAGCGGUUCAUUUUUAUUCAAUGGCUAAAGCUUACACAAAUGCCAUUCGAUUAUACAAGGAGCACGAAAUGAUAGAAGAAUUGUGGCCAUUGGCAAUGUUAGCGCCUCGUCAAUCGCAAAUUGACGUGGCAAAAUAUUAUGAAGAUAACGAUCAACCCGACAAGGCGGUGUUACUCUAUCAUAAAUCGGGCCUUCUACGAAAAGCUAUGGAUCUUGCAUUUAAAACACAACAAUAUGAUGCAUUGCAAAUAAUCACAAUGGACGUGAAUGCCGAUUCAGAUCCAGCGUUAAUACAAAAAUGUGCGGAUUAUUUUGUUCAAAAUGAACAAAUUGAAAAAGCUGUUGAUCUUCUUGCGACGGGUAAAAAUUACAUUGAAGCAUUACAAUUGAUUCAGGAGCAUAACAUAACACUGACUGAAGAUUUAGCGGAAAAAAUGACAGUCGAAAAAGUAGAAAAAGAUUUAGAACGUGAACGAUUGAGAAUAUCGAGUUUAGAAAGAAUUGGCGAAAUUGCAUUUCAUCAGGGAAAUUAUCAUCUUGCAACGAAAAAAUUUACCCAAGCUGGUAAUAAAUUAAGAGCAAUGAAGGCAUUAUUAAAAUCAGGUGAUACGGAAAAAAUUUGUUUUUUCGCACAAGUCUCGCGACAAAGAGAGAUUUAUAUUAUGGCUGGAAAUUAUCUUCAAUCACUCGAUUGGCAAAAUCAACCGGAAGUAUUGAGAAAUAUUAUCAAUUUUUAUUCGAAAGGCAAAGCAAUGGAUUUGUUGGCGAAUUUUUAUGUUGCUUGUGCACAAGUUGAAAUUGAUGAAUUUCAAAAUUAUGAAAAAGCAUUAGAUGCUCUUAAUCAAGCGAGUAAGUGUCUUGCAAAAGUUGUUGAUCCCAGAGAUUCGGAAGUUCAUCGUAGAGCUAUUGAUGUUGUCAAUGGAAGAAUGUCAACAGUAAAAAGAUAUUUGGACAUUAAAAGAUUAUUUGAUCGAGGCGAUACGGAAACAGCGAUGAAUCAAGUUCGACAUUUGUUGGAUACAAAAGGAGCUGAUUUAGAGCAAUCAGUUCGUCGUGGUGAUUUAUUUGCGACUAUAACUCAACAUUUUGCGGAUAUUGGAAAAAUGGAUAAAGCACGCGCAACAGUUGAAGAAUUAAAACGUCUCGUUCCUGGAAUUAAUUUGAGCUAUUAUUAUAAUGUUAAUUUAUUGGAAGCACUUGGCUAUAAAAUAAAUGUCGAACCCGAGGACAAUUCAGAUAAAGAUGAUGGAAUUGAAGAGCUACUUGGCGAUUAAGAAAAAUGCCAGUUUGUUCAUAUUUCACUUUUGAUCUCAUAAAUAUAUAGGUAUUUAUAGAAUUUAA